GCUUCCCAUAACGACCCGUGCGGCGACAUUCGAAUCUAAUGCAACUUACUUACACAGUUGCCUGACGUACCAGGCGGUCCAUCGACCGCGCGUCCCACCCGUUCAAUGCGAAGAUGGAGGCGCUCGAAAACACCAGACCCUCGGGAUUGAAGCCUCCCAGCAAACUACCCGCCUUCGCUGGCACACGCGCCCUUCAAGAAACGACACUGAGCGAGCAAAAUGCGCGUACGGCGGAUGGAGCCAGUGGGAUUGGCAGUUCGAUGCGACCGCCUAGUACCAUCGUCCCGAGCAAGCACAAAGUCAGCAACUUGCCCGAGCCGCCCAUGAAGCGUAAGACGCUCGCUGAGCGUGCUGGCGAGCCCGCGAACACUCUGCGCAACAAGCCUAGCAUAUCGAGUGGCUUCGGAACGCGACCAACAACGAGCGGCGCUAAUUCUUAUCGCGCCCCUGCGAGCAUUCCAUCGGCAACGGGCAGUCUUCGAGGAUUGCGUCCGCCUAGUCGGCAGGCCAAUGGCUUCGGACCCGGAACACGCACGAACAGCAAUUACAGCGUCACCAAAACACCCGCACCACAAUACGACGAAGACGACGAUGGAGAUGGGACACUUUCCUCACGCAAAGGAGGCUGGGAUACCGUCGACCGACUCGAUCAUAUGGAAAGGAUGUUCCAGAAGCUCAAAGGUGAAAUGGACAGCGCGAAUGGCGCGAAAGACUCGAUCGAAACGUCUUUGGAGAUCUUCAAGACUCGAUGCGCCGAGCUUGAGAAAGAGAAGAAUGAGUUGAAAUCAGAUCUCAGAAUCACUUCGACCGAUCUCGAACGAACGCGAAACGAACUUCACACGACCUCGACCGAUCUGCGACAAGUGCGACGAGACCACGAGCGUGAAAUGCUGGACGUGGAGAGGAAGCAUGAACGCGAGCUUGCAGAUCUGCGACUCAAGCAAGAAAAGCAGGAAAUUCAAUUCGAGCGAGAAAGAGAAAGGUCAGCCGACAAAUUCAGGAGGGAGAUGGAAGAAGCGCGCAGAACGUGGGAACGGCAACAGAGUGAUAAAGAGGCGGAUCUCACGUCGCAGAGUUGGGAGGAGAUGGCGCAGCUCAGAGCAGAUCACGAGAAGGAGAAAGCAGCACUGCAGAAAGAACUGGACGAGCUUCGUCAGGCAGGAGAGAGUAGAGCGACCGAGUCCGCGUCAGAGGUCCAGCAGCUGCGCGAUUCUUCUGCAGACAUGCAAAAACAGCUUGAGGCUAGUAAAGCCACCGAGAUCACUUUGAGGAGCCGGAUAUCUGCUUUCGAGACCAGGAUUGCGGCACUGGAGCAGGAGAGGAAUACUUUGGUCGAAAAGGCGAAGUUCUUAGAGGGCAGCCAGGAAGCGCAAAGUCUUGAGUUCACCAGCAUGCACGGUAAAUUGGAAGAAGCCAUUGCGCAGAAGAACGAAGCUGUCGAGACGCUCCGAAAGGAGGAGGUUCUGCGGCGUAAAUUAAACAACACAAUCCUGGAGCUGCGGGGCAACAUUCGUGUGUUCGUCCGGACGAGGCCCUUGCUGAACGGAGAAGACGAUCCAGCCAAGGUCGAAUACCUCGAUCAAGACUCAUUGGAAGGCUGCAAAGAAAUGGUUGUGCACGCACCCGCAACACAGUCCGCUAUGGGGACGGCACGAAACGAAAAGCAGCUCUAUGUAUUUGAUCGAAUUUUCACCCCUGGAACCCCGAACGAAGAUGUCUUCGCUGAAUGCCAAGACCUGAUACAGUCUGUCGUCGAUGGGUAUAAUGUCAGCAUCCUCUCCUAUGGUCAGACAGGCAGCGGCAAGACGUACGGUAUGACCGGACCUAGAGGCAUCAUACCGAGCGCUAUCACAAUGCUUCUCUCCGAGAUGCAACGGCUGAAGACGAAAGGCUGGGAAUAUGCAGUGGAAGCCAACUUCGUUGAAGUGUACAACGAGACUUUGAACGAUCUGCUUGGCGAUGCGAAGUCUUGGGAUGAAGGCGAUGGCGUUGCCACUGCCUCGCGUGGCAAGACGAAAGAAAAGCAUGAGAUCCAUCAUGAUCCCGCCACUGGGAAGACGUCCGUUUCCAACUUGACGACGAUAGGCCUAUGGCCGCCGCCUCCCAACGACGGCAAUUGGCCUCCCGCUGCACCUGUGGAUGGCGAAGAAGUCGACUCCUCCACCAAUUCGUACACUGAGAAGGCCGUCGAGAACCUUCUCAAUACUGCAUCGAGCAAUAGACGGGUUGCCGCCACCAAAGCCAAUGAGCGCAGUUCUCGAAGCCACAGCGUGUUUAUUCUGACGCUCAAGGGUUCCUGCGCAGCGACUGGCGAAAGUAGUGAAGGAGUGCUCAACCUCGUAGACUUGGCAGGAAGUGAGCGCUUGAAGCAAUCUGGUGCUGAAGGCAGCCGCCGAAAAGAGACACAAGCAAUCAACAAAUCUCUGUCGUCGCUCGGGGACGUCAUCGCGGCUCUCGGCAGCAAGACGAGCAGUGAGGCCCAUAUUCCGUACAGAAACAGCAAGCUAACUUAUCUUCUCCAAUCUUCUCUCGGCGGCAGCACAGCAGGCAAAUCCUCGCGAACGCUCAUGCUGCUGCAUCUCAGUCCAUUGCAGGCUCAUUGGCAAGAGAGUAAGAGCAGUCUGAAAUUUGCCGAGAAAGUACAUACAACGCAUAUUGGAACAGCCAAGAAGCGAUAAGUUGCGGAUUGGGCUUCGCUGGCGGGAUGGACUUUUGUCGACACUGCAUAUUAUGACGAGAACAAGACUUUGUGAUACCAUUGACGAAAUUGCGUUGUGAGCAAGAGCUAGCAGUAUAGCGUUGUGCCCGAUUAUACAUCUAAAGAGCGAUCCAACCUCCGUUCGAUCCGGAAGCUGCC